GUCAAUGGAACAGGACGCAAGGCAAAGGCAAAAUGGCGAUCAGAUUGAUGGGAGGUUUUGCAGAAAUAUGUUUCGGAAAGGUGCACCAUUUGACAAAUCAAGGAUUUACAGUAGCUUCAAGAAAUAUUCGAAUGAAAUAUUCUACAACAUAUUUUCCAAGCAUCCCUAAAGAAGGACUCUUUCCAAAGACAUCAUAUAGCUGUUUAACCAGCUUAGAAAAGACAUUAGCACUUCUGCAGCCUACAAGAAAUAUUUCUGUUGUUUCAAAAAUACAUGAAGCAACCGUCUUGCAAUUGAAGCUAAUGAAAAGUGUGACAAAUUUUCAAGUGAGACAUCUACCUACAUUGAAUCAAGUUCGCAGACAGAAGCCCAGAACAAAAAAGAAGAGGCCAAAGGCUCAACUUCCAAAGGACAAGCAAAUUUUGUUAGGACCCCAACGUAAGGGAGUUUGUGUUAAACUUGUUGUUCGCACUCCAAAGAAACCGAACUCAGCACAAAGAAAAUGUGCCAUCCUCAGGCUUAGUAAUGGAAAAUUGAUAACUGCUUAUAUACCAGGCGAAAAAGGUACAUUACAAGAACAUGGUGUGGUUUUGUUUGAAGGGGGAAGAGUUCAAGACUGCCCCGGUAUAAAAUAUAAGAUAAUACGAAGAAAGUAUGACAUGAACUAGUAGUUUGAUGUUCUUAGAUUUCAUGCAGUCAUUUCAAAGGUGUCUUUUGUUUCUUAGAAUAAUAUUUUCUGCAAUAAUCAUUGGUUAUUGAAGAUUUCCGACACUAUUGGAAAGGCUUGAUUGAGAUUACAUUAGUCUACUUUAUUUUUAGUUGGCUGUCAGACAAGUUUGUAAAAAAAUUUCAUCAAAAUAAUUUCUGAUUUUCCAAACAGAAGGGAGGUUCUGAAGGGAUCAUUAUAAAAUUUUGCCAGUCCAAUUUCAGUAUUUCUCCAUGUUAAUUGCAUCAAGACACAGAAUAAUGAGGUGGUGACAAUUAUAUGUCUGCUACUAACUUUGGGGAUUGCUUUUUGGCAGAAAGAAAUACACUCAGUUUUAGUUCUUUUGCUUAUAUUCUAUCUGCAUAUUUUAACUUGCAUGUAAGUCUAUGACUUGGCAACUGUUGGAGAUAAUUCUUGUCACAAAAUAUUUUUAAUUUUUCACAACAUUUCUGGGAUUUACAACCCCCAGGAGGCAGGGUACUUCAUAAUGAUAAAACGGGGGCUCAUAUGUCUGAAUCUAAAUUCCAAAUUAUCAGUCAAGAAAUAUGAUAAAUUUUUCAAAGUCAUACCCCAAAAUAUUUUCCAAAUGUAAAAAUUCUAGAUAUUUUGAAAAUUAAUCGUCAGUAACUGGUAUAACACAUAAGGAUAUGGAAUAGCACUUUUUUUUUAAAUUUUGGAAAAGCUUGUGCACCCUCUCUCAUUAUUAAUUCUCCUUAUAUUGGUUUGUGUUGACCUUGUCAGGCCCAAGGUAUUUGUGUUGACCUUGUCAGGCCCAAGGUAUUUGAUGUCUUGAUGGAUCUAGGGUUAAUUUCUUUGGGCCAGCAACAAACUCGCAUACUUGGGUUGAGUCUACGUUAAUUUUUUAGGGUAAACGUAUUUCGAGUCUGAGUUGAGAUACUCUGUGAUAGAGGUCCUACCAAGGUCCUAUUAUAUUGAUUGGGAUUCUGCUGUAGAGAUGAAGAGAUCCAGGACCCCUAUCGAUUUGCUCUGUUGUCACAUUUCCCAGCACCUCGGUGUUUUGAUCAACCUUUGAUCUUCUUGAUGGACUUGCUUUUGUUACAGCCUUCGGUAGCCUUAUCUGACGAAAACUCUAUCAUAGAAGAAAGGCUUUGGCUAUUCACAGCACAUGGCCUCUGAUGAGAAUGUGAAUAGGUUUCAGGGCAUGGCCCCAAUUUUUUUGCAAAAAGUAUUAAAAAUUAAAGUAAAAAUUGUUUGCAUAAGCUAACGAGUAAGAGCUUGACCGCCACGUGUUUUGCUAACUACCCUAGAACGAGGCUAGACGGGGGUUACAUCAUUACUUACAAUACAUUUUUAAGUGCUAUUUCUAAUAAAAAGAUCGAGCCUUUUUGCAAAAUUAUUUGUUAUUAUUAUUAGAUUUGUCCUUGCCAUCCCCCUCCCAUUUCCCAACUUGCAUCUAUAUACCUGUUACAUAAAUUUGAUUAAUAUUAUGCAACCGAUUGAGAACAUCAGCAUCCAGCAAAGAUCUUGAUCAAACUGGACAUUUAUCGAAUGAAACUUCAUGCUUUCGAUUACAUCUGCCAAAAUCUGAAAACCAACCAUUUCAUUCACGUGUCUCUCAUAAGCAUCUGCUACUCACAUUAAAAUUAAUUUUGCAAUAACAGAAGAAAACAAGAGAGUGCUUUUCCAGUUGUUGAAAUUGUUGAAUUUUUUUAAAAUUGAUGGUAAACAUCUGCGUAAGCAGAGAAGUCUUUUUCACAACUGAGACAUGUCAAAAACCCAAAAAGAUCUCAGUUAUGCUUCAAGAAAGGCUAUACUCACGGUUAUCAGUGACCCAGGGAGAAUGAAAUAUAGAAAAAUGCCUUUCAGAUCAUUAAUAUUGGAAACAUUUAACUGACUUUGAUACAUCAAGCUUUCAAAUAUUAGGUCAGAUGCCUUUUUGUAUUUGUUAAUGUUGUCCAGAGAGGCGUUGUGGAUAGUGACUCUUACGGCUUGCAAAUUUUCCGGCAACGUUUUUACAUUAAAAUUAUGACGUCAAGCGCAUGCGCAGUUUUUAAAGGCAGAAUGGCCUGGCAACUAAAAUGUAUCUUUUGCAGCAUCACUUUUGCCUCUCUUGGUCCAUUGUUGAUCGCAGCCUGUUUUUACACACUUGCGCUUCAAAAAGGCGCACUUGUAUCUAGUAAUACCUAUCGCCAGCCAGGAUGCCCCUCAGCCAGGAUGCCCCUGGUUGCCUAAGCUUGGCUUAGUUUGUACAGUAUAUUGCAUGGGCGACGGAAGGAAUUUGCAAUUAAGAUAGAGGGGCUGUCAUCAGUAGCGGCGCCACGGGGGUGGGGGGGACUGGGGGGACACGUCCCCCCCCAGUUCUCAGCAGAACCGAUUUUGUAUUUCGUCCAAAUUCAAUGAGAAAAUGUUGGGGUAGGGGUAAUAUUUUGACACCGUACUUUUUGUGAUGUAAUCCUAUGAUUUUUAAACAGCCAAUUUUCAAACAAAAGUUAGUCUUAGGCGUUCCCUUCGGAUAAAAUUGGCGUUCCCUGUUGAUAAAAGGGCGUUUUCUGGUGGUUAAAAGGGCGUGGCCUAAAUUUUUUUGGUUUGUCCCCCCCAGAGCUUAGUGGCUGGUGUUUACUCAGAAAAGGGUACUGCAGUUCCGCAGUACAUUCCGCAAUCCACUUAUUUUGUAUUCAUAUAAAAAUCGUUUGUAUUGCUGCAACCUAAAUUGAAUAUCUGACAAGCAAGUCAACAACAUAAUUAGAAUGUUUCAUUGUUAAAACGUGAAAGGGACCAUCAAGAUCAGGGAGUGCCUAGGACUUCCACACUCUUAAUCUGCCUCUGGGCUGCUUCACCUUGCACUGCACCACAAAGUAACGGGGCCCUGGUGAAAAGUGCGUCGACCAAAUGCCCUCCUGCAUGCUCUGUUUGGCGCACGCCUUGCGUCAAGAUUGAAUCACAUAUAAUCCCUUGAGUUUUUUUAUUAAUUUAAUGACCUGCUACUUUCAAACAUAGCGGUCAAGCAUGCGAUGUCUCAAACCAAACUUGCAUUCCCUGAUUUCGGCGCUUGAAAGUCAAUUAGACAGUAAACCAUGUUUCCGAAGCAGGUCCAGGGAAAAUCUAACUAGGGAGUUGAGGGGCUAGUAUCCUUAGAACACGCCCGUUAGGUUUGUAUGGUUGAGUCUUUCUUCAGGCCAUUUUGCAACGCCUCUUGAGAUUUUAAAUACCGUUAAUCAAAUUUUUUGAAAAAUUACUUGGGUAGAUAUUUUGCAACGUUAUGGCGUGCAGGUGGAAGAUCUUUCUUGAGCGCCACGUCCUCUAUGCAAAGAUACUCGAAUAGUGACUGGAUAGGAAACUGCGAAGCGGACAAUAGAACAUGUUACGCAUCACUGCUUAUUCAAACUUGUAGGGAAUGAUCAUUUCCGGUUUGUUUGGUUUUGACUGAUAAUGACGAGCUUCGCAGCUAUUCGGCACGGUAGUUAACUGUUGUAGACUUACCAAGAUAAGCUAAUUUGUCCCUUGUUACGUUUUCAACGAAAAAUGAAAGAAAAAAGGAGUGGAGAACGCAGCUUUUGUGUAAAGUAAAAAGAUGCGAUAGGAGUUUCAACGCAGAGAGGGCCUACAUCUGCGCAAGGCAUUUUGAUCAACAUUGCUUUAGGAUCGGUAAGUCACUGUAACUUUCAUUACUUCUUUCAUUGAUUAUUAUUUUUGCCUAUUAUUUUAUAAGAGUUUUAUUAUUAAGAUUGGAUGCAGAUCUCAUUAAAAAAUCCUUUCGGGGGUAGGGGGGCUACGAAAUAGGUUAUAUAAAUAUUACUUAGGAAUUCAAUCGAUUUUUGACUUAUUAUUGGGGGGAGCUGUCACGACCCCCACAACUCCUAUCAAUCAGUUGCUGGUGAUAGGUCGACUGAGAAUAUCAACAGUGUCACCGUUGAAUAAACAAAGCAGGCAAUAGUCUGAUGGGACGAAAGUCCCCCUGAGAAAAGUGUCAAAAUCAUCAACUGUCAUUGAGACAAAAAUAUCUAACAAAAUUAGAAGCAAAGUUGGGGGGCAACUCAAAUUUUCUUUAUCUUGUAUUCAUAUUGACAAUAAAUUAUUUCAUAAUGUUGUUUGUAGGAAAGACUGGAAGAAAAGACCUCCUUGUUGGAAGUUUGCCUACACAGUUCUUACAUAAAAGAAGUCAUGAAAAUAACCAAGGGAAACAAAGGCAUGAGCUUGAAAGACUUUUUCAAGAGGUGCCCUUACCAGUGCUUUACAAAUGAAGAGGUUUCA